ACAAAAAUACCUAGUUAGAAUUUUUCAGUUGUAGAUUAAUUUCGUUCAAAAAAGUGUGUGUUUAGGUGUCUUAAAAUUAAGCCUCCAUGCUUGAAAUGUAAAGUGAAUCCACAAGGGUAAUCAUCCAUCGCCGCUUGCUCAAAACAAAAGGAAGAAGACUCCCACCCACAUUUUUUCGAUCGACCCUUGCCAUCACAGACAAGAGCGAACAGACGUUCCAACUCGAUCAGCCGGUGCCUUCGGUGAUAAACAAGAGAAUCAUAUCGACCUCGUGGUGGUUUCUGCGUGUGCGUGAGAGGCAGAGGAAGCAGAGCGAUCGCUGCCUGGAACACUACGAACGAGCUUUGAAGAUCGUCAACCGAGUUUCUCUUCUUCAGUUCGCUCAGGAUGACGGAACAGCAACAACAGCAGCCCCUUCAAGUUCAGCGUUCAGAUCGACACAACACCAAGCAGGCCAUGUUUGCACGGGUUUCCUUCUAUCCCACGUUGUUCUACAACGUGUUCAUGGAGAAAGUGACCAAACGGAAUUGGUACGAUCGGAUAGAUGAGAACAUGAUCCUGGGAGCGCUUCCUUUCCGUUGGAUCGCACCGGAAAUGGUCAAACAGGAGAACAUCAAGGCGGUCGUCUCGAUGAACGAGGACUACGAACUGUGGGCGUUUUCCAACGACAAGAAAAAGUGGAGUAAGCUAGGUGUGGACUUCCUGCAGCUGGCCACUACCGACAUCUUCGAGGCACCUUGCCAGGAGAAGUUGUGGAGUGGGGUAAAGUUUAUCAAUCAGUUUUUACCGAAGGAAGAGCAGGUGAGUUCACUGUUGAAUGCGGCGGAGGAAUUCAAGGAGGACCGAGUGGGAACGGUGUACGUCCAUUGUAAGGCCGGAAGGACGAGAAGUGCUACGCUGGUCGGGUGCUAUUUGAUGAUGCGCAACGGCUGGAGCCCGGAGCGGGCGGUGCAACAUAUGCGCGAAUGCCGAUCGCACGUGCUGCUCGGCAGCAAACAGUGGGAAGCGCUGCGAUUAUUCCACGACACCCGGAUGACCGCAGAUCAGAAGCCACCGGAAGCAACGACCGCGCAGCAAUAAGACCAACAACACUACGCAACGAAACCAGUCAACGACGUAUAUAAUAGAAGCAAAUUAUAGGACUCUAUUCUAAUGUAAAUAAGAGAAGGAAAACGCCUUUAACUCGAUUUUCUUUACACUUUAUGUCUCACGAAUAAUUUAAAUAAGAGAUAACUUUGUUAUUCAAAUGUGA